CCUCCACCUUCCCUCCCUCCCUCCUCCUCCCCUCCAACCACCGGCGCAAUGGCAAUGUGAGGAGUAAAUGGCUCAGAGUGUCCGCCGUGGAAACCGACCUAAACGCUGGACCAGGAGCUGAUAAACAAACACAAAACAAGGCGCGGUGCGUAAAAGCUCUCCAACGGUUCUGCUUCUGCGUGCGCAAGGAAACUGUGCCAGUGUCCAAGAAACCAAGAAGACUCAGACGUCUUUCUUUUUCAAAAAAAAAAAAAAAAAAAAAAAAAAAAUCUUUGGUUUGUUCUUGUUUGUGAGUGCGCGUGAUCAACGAGGAUAUCUUAAUUGGACAUGUGAGUUACGGGAGUUAACAGCACAAGCAGGCUUUCUCAAAGAUGAAGUUCUCAGCUUGCGUCCUCGUCACUUUGCUGGUGAUCCAACCCAGCGCAGCACAGUCAGUUUGCCCUGGUACUGAGAACAAACUGAGCACCCUGUCAGACCUGGACCUGCAGUACCGGACCCUGAAGAAACACUAUGAAAACUGUGAGGUUGUAAUGGGUAAUUUGGAGAUUACCAACAUUGAUCGAAACCGCAACCUUUCCUUCCUCAAGUCUAUCAGAGAGGUGACCGGUUAUGUUCUGGUGGCCCUUAAUCAGUUCGAAUAUCUACCGCUGGAGAACCUGAGGAUCAUCAGAGGCACCAAACUCUAUGAGGGUCGCUACGCUCUGGCCAUCUUCCUCAACUACAGACGGGAUGGUUACUACGGCCUGAAGCAGCUGGGGUUACGCAACCUAACAGAGAUACUGAAUGGGGGUGUUUAUGUUGAUCGGAACAAAUUCCUGUGUAAUGCGGACACCAUCCAUUGGCGUGAUAUUAUCAAGAACCCCCAGGCGGAGCUGCUAGUGGUACCGUCCAACAACAGCAACAUCGGAUGCAGACGCUGUCAUCGCUCAUGUAAUGGACGCUGCUGGGGACAUCAAGAAGACCAGUGUCAAAUCUUGACAAAAACGGUGUGUGCAGAGCAGUGUGACGGUCGAUGCUUCGGGCCCUACGUCAGCGACUGUUGCCAUCGGGAAUGCGCCGGCGGCUGCUCCGGCCCCAAGGACACAGACUGCUUUGCUUGCACCAAUUUCAACGACAGCGGAUCAUGCGUGACCCAGUGCCCUCAGCCGUUUGUGUACAACCCCACAUCUUUUCAGUUAGACCACAACCCCAAAGCCAAGUACACUUACGGAGCCUUCUGUGUCAAGAAAUGUCCCCAUAAUUUCGUGGUGGAUCAAAGCUCCUGUGUUAGAGCAUGCCCCAGCAACAAGAUGGAAGUGGAAGAGAACCGAAUCAAAAUGUGCCUCCCUUGUACCGACAUUUGUCCCAAAGUGUGUGAUGGCAUUGGGACAGGCAGCCUGCAGACAGCGCAGACUGUGGAUGCCAGCAAUAUUGAUAAUUUUGUGAACUGCACCAAAAUCAACGGCAAUCUUAUCUUCCUUAUAACUGGCAUUAAAGGGGAUAUGUAUCAUGAAAUUGGACCUUUGGACCCUGAGCGUCUUAAUGUUUUCCGAACUGUGAAAGAGAUCACAGGUUACCUGAACAUCCAGUCCUGGCCUGAAAACAUGACAGAUCUGAGUGUUUUUUCCAACCUGGCAACCAUCGGAGGCAGAACUCUCUAUAGUGGAAGUGGCAUUUCUCUGCUGAUCUUGAAGCAGCUUUGGAUCUCCUCCCUCCAGUUCCAGUCACUGGAUGAGAUCAGCGCUGGGAGUGUUUACAUCUUCAACAACAGUCGUCUCUGCUUCUACAACACUGUCAACUGGACGUCGCUCUUCAGGACCCCGAGCCAAAAAGUCCUCAUCCGCAACAACCGGGAUCCAAAGGAAUGCCUUCAGCAACGGAUGGUUUGCGAUCGGAUGUGUUCAGAUGACGGGUGCUGGGGCCCAGGGCCAGAUCAGUGUCUCUCCUGCAGAUAUUUCAAACGAGGCCGCACUUGUGUUGAGUCCUGCAACCUCUUCGAUGGGGAAGUUCGGGAAUUUGCCAAUGGAUCUGUGUGCCUGGAGUGCGACAGCCAGUGUGAAAAGAUGGAUGGAAACAGCAUGACAUGCCUUGGCCCGGGCCCAGACCAAUGUGUGAAAUGCCUGCACUUCAAAGAUGGACCCAACUGUGUGGAGAAAUGCCCCGAUGGGUUGCAGGGUGCCAACAGCUUCAUCUUUAAAUAUGCCAAGGCCAACAACGAGUGUCAUCCCUGCCAUGCCAACUGCACCCAGGGGUGCAUCGGGCCAAGACUCCAAGAUUGUGUCGGGAUGAUGGACAGGACGCCUCUAAUUGCCGCUGGUAUCAUCGGCGGUUUAUUUAUCAUCGUCAUUCUGGCGCUCAGCGUGGCCGUUUAUGUUCGACGCAAGAGUAUCAAGAAGAAGAGGGCCUUGCGCCGCUUCUUAGAGACAGAGCUGGUGGAGCCCCUAACCCCAAGUGGAACAGCCCCUAACAAGGCACAGCUGCGCAUCCUGAAGGAGACAGAGCUUAAAAGGGUCAAGAUUCUUGGUUCAGGAGCUUUCGGAACAGUUUACAAAGGCAUCUGGGUCCCAGAAGGUGAGACAGUGAAGAUCCCUGUCGCUAUUAAAAUCCUCAACGAGGCUACCGGUCCGAAAGCCAAUGUGGAGUUCAUGGAUGAGGCUCUGAUCAUGGCCAGCAUGGAGCAUCCCCACCUGGUGCGUCUGCUGGGCGUCUGCCUGAGCCCCACCAUCCAGCUGGUCACCCAGCUCAUGCCCCACGGCUGCCUCCUGGACUACGUGCACGAGCACAAGGACAACAUUGGAUCGCAGCUGCUGCUCAACUGGUGUGUCCAAAUUGCGAAGGGAAUGAUGUACCUGGAGGAGAGGAGGCUGGUCCACAGAGACCUGGCGGCUCGAAACGUGCUGGUGAAGUCUCCCAAUCACAUUAAGAUCACUGACUUUGGCCUGGCCCGACUGCUGGACGGUGAUGAAAAGGAAUACAAUGCAGACGGGGGCAAGGUUGGUAUGCCCAUCAAGUGGAUGGCUCUGGAAUGCAUCCACUACAGAAAGUUCACACAUCAGAGUGAUGUCUGGAGCUAUGGAGUGACUAUCUGGGAGCUGAUGACAUUUGGAGGGAAACCAUACGAUGGUAUCCCCACGCGAGAAAUACCAGACAUCUUGGAGAAGGGGGAGCGCCUACCCCAGCCGCCUAUUUGCACCAUUGACGUUUACAUGGUCAUGGUCAAAUGCUGGAUGAUUGAUGCAGACAGCAGGCCGAAGUUCAAGGAGCUUGCCGCUGAGUUCUGCAGAAUGGCACGGGACCCCCAGCGAUACCUGGUCAUCCAGGGAGAUGAUCGCAUGAAGCUUCCCAGUCCCAACGACAGCAAGUUUUUCCAAAGCCUGCUGGAUGAGGAGGACCUGGAUGACUUGAUGGAUGCAGAGGAGUAUCUGGUGCCUCAAGGUUUCAACGCGGCUCCUUCAUCUUGCACAGCCAGGCCUCGAGUUGACUCCAAUAGAAACCAGUUUGGCUAUCGAGAUGGUGGUCCAAAUGGUGCAGAAGGAGCCCUGGCAGGUGCCCAAGCCUGUGCAAACCAGGAAGCCACAGGUGGCCUGGGUCCAGCCCUGGAAGAACAGCGCUGCAACGGAAGCCUGCAUAAGAAGAGCUUGAGCCAAGCUGGUGGGGAAGACAGUGGGUCCCAGAGAUACAGUGCCGACCCAACCAUCUUCCUGGGUGAGAGAUCAUCCAGAGUGGACACGGAUGAGGACGGCUACAUGACACCAAUGAAGGACAAGAGCUCCUCAGAAUAUCUGAACCCAAUUGAGGAGAACCCCUUUGUCUCACGACGUAAAAACGGUGAGAUCCAUGCAUUGGACAACCCAGGCUACCACAGUACACCCAACAGCCAGCCCAAAGGAGAGGAUGAGUACAUCAAUGAGCCCCUCUACCUCAAUACCUUCCACAGCCCCGCGGAGCUGGGCCUGGAAGCCCUGAGGAGGAACGGUCUGCCCUUACCUACCCAGCCUCCUUCCUCCAUCUCAGCCUCAACCUCAGGCUCCCACCUCCCACUUACCAUCCAGACCAGCCUGCCCCACUUCCCCCUCCCCUCAGCCCAACCAUCUCCAUCUGGUGUGCCCUGCCUCCAUGGUCCAGCAACCCACAUCCUCCACGCCCACCACACCAUCAAACCUGCAGGACAACCUGGCAAUACAAGCAGUGUCUCCGUCAGUCAGAGCCAAACAGGAAGUACUUCUCAUGCCCCGGUGAGCCAAUCAAGUGCCCAGUCCACUAUGGCCACCAUUGGGCAUGGAAGCUUGCCAGCCUACCAGAGUCACACUACUGCACACCCUGCAAGCAAGCUGAAGCAUGGAGGGCAUACAUCAGGUAAAGCCAGUGGAAAGAAGCUGAAGGUAACCUUUGACAAUCCUGAAUACUGGCAGCACAGCUUGCCUCCCAAAUCAUCUAUCCAGAUGGCCCCCGAUGCGACCCAGGGAGGCUCCACCAAUGCCAAGCUCUUUUAUAAGCAGAAUGGACACAUACGGCCGGCAGUGGCCGAAAAUCCUGAGUACAUGUCAGAGUUUUCCCUGAAAUCUGGCACAGUGUUGCCACCCCCUCCCUACAGGCAGCGAAACACUGUGGUCUAGAUCGUUUCCCAAUCUUACCCUACCCUCCAACUACCCUGACAUACUCCUUGGUUGCACCAUCAGAGGCAGCAACCAAAGCCAUCCCCCACUUGUUCCAGAUAAUGUGCCAUCGGCUGUAGCAACAUCGAAAGGAGGUGGACAAGCAGAAUCAACUCAGACACCUUCACUACAUCCAGUCCGGUCCAUUUCUGUUCUGUAGAUAGUGACUCUGCUCCAGCUCUACAAGUGUGAAGGUUAUAUGAGUUAUGCGACAAAGAAUGGACUCACAGCUGUGGACACACUGUGUUGCACCAAGGCGGCCACACAACUGUCAGACAUAGAGGAUUAAUCUUUGGGGACCUGAACUCACUGCCAGCCACUUGGGUGUAAGAUUUGUGAAAGGAACAAAUACUUUUUAUUUCUUUUCUUGUCUGUUCUUUUCUUUUGCUGUUCUGCAGCAUUAAAGCCUGAGGAUGAGCAAUAUUCUGCUGAGGGUUUCUGAAAUAAGUAAACAGACAGAACAAAUACUGUCUGCUAGAUGCCUGGCUUUGUGAAUGACCUUAGAGUGAGGCAAAUAUGGAGGAAAAAAGACAGUUUAUUUUUUAUUCAGUGGAUGGAGCACUAAAUCACAUUCAGUGUUUUUGCCAAUAGGAUUAUCCAGUUCUUAAAUUUUCCAUCCAGUAUGUGAAAUCCAUCUAAUCCUUCUACUGUAACUAUGAUACUGUGAUGGCUAGAACUACAGUGGUCUUUUCUUUUGCUUUUGUAGUUCAACCAUGGACUUUUUACAUUGUCUGAAAAGACGCAGGGCAACUGCUGUUUUGUUGUUCAUGCUUGACGGCUGUCUACUUGGAAAAGGGGGAAAAUACACUGUUACUACUUUUAUAAGCCCUGGUUGCAGAGCUGGAAAGUUUUUUUUUUUUCUUUUUUUUUCAUACAUAUAUAUACACUGGUUUUCCCAUUUAGACCAUGAAGCUAACUAAGAGUAAAUUUAAUUAAGGAAAUUGCUGUAUACAGCUAAAUUCAGUGUCAAGAUCAUCCAUAAAGCAGCAGAGCUCAAAAUGGUGAUCACAGAGAGAGAAGGGUAGAGAUGAAAAAGUCUACGGAGAGCAGAGGGAAGGUUCAUACAAACUGACUAAUGAAGACCUCAAGGAAUGAAGAAGGCAACACCAGCAGAGCACAGUAAAACUUUUUAUGUGUGUGUUUAUGUCUGUGUGAUUGGGGUGAGUCUGGGUGUGUACUUUCACAUAUUAUCAAGUCUGCUUGAACCCAUUGGGAUAUCUUUUGGAAAAAAAGAAUGUUGCUGGAAUCAGUGGUAACGGAAUCAACUGCUAAAGAUGUCUAGUUGUUAUGGUAACCAAGAGUAGCCUCAACAAGGCUUUUUUAGUGGGUUGAUGCCUUCAAGUAGCAGACAAAUCAAGCUUGAAUCAAAAGCUCAUGGAUUGACCUGAUUGCACCAAAUCUAUCAAGUCCUCAGCUAUUUUUUUGGACUCCAAUAUGUUAUUUAAAGUAAGAAUCAGGUGGUGUUAUACAGGAUCUGUUGUUGCACAAGAUAAUAGCAGCUAUUCUAAUGAGAUUCAGUGAUUGAAAAAGCAGGAAAUGGAUGCAGCGAUUCAUAACAGACCUUUUUUUUCUCCCACUUUAUUGGUUUUCUUGCAGCCAUUAUAGUUAAAUAGUUAUAGUUAAAUAAUCUAUAACAUCUACAUUUGAAUUAUUGGCUUGACAACCCAAACGUGUGUCAAAUCCACAUCCAACACACCAUUGUAGUGUUUUUAUGUAAAAAAAACUUCCCUUAAAACCAUUGCCAUAUGCUGUAAUUAUAACCUAUGUAAGCCUAAUCUACACAUUAAAUUGAAUGGACUUUUUGUUAUGCCCAUCCUCUAAAUGUAACAGGUUUCACUAAUUUGACUUGCCAUUUUUUGCAGAAUCCUUUCCUCUCAGCUCUGGAGAAAUAAUUAGAGUCCUUCAGGAAACAUCUGCUCCUGGAGCCCAAAACAUUCUAGAGAGAAAGUAUUUGUUUUUCUCAAAAUUGAAUGGUGACUUAAAAUGAGAAAGUU